GUCGAACUUCAUUGUUGGUACUUCAUAAAUUACACGUCUUACAGAAAGAGGUGGACAAAACAAACAUAGCAAUGUGAAAAGUUCCAUAUCCGGACAGAUGGUUGAUUAUCUUGACUUUCAGUUCUUCCUCUAAUUUACUGGACGCGUUUGCGCUGUGACUUUUGAAUUACGAAACACACUCCUUUCUAAAACAGGUAGGAAUGGCAGGCAAAGUGCUCGUGACAGGAGGAGGAGGCUACAUUGGCAGUCAUUGUGUGGUGGAGCUCAUUGAAGCUGGCUACUCUCCAGUUGUCAUCGACAACUUCAGCAAUUCUGUUCGGGGAGAAGGGGAUGUGCCAGAGAGCCUGUGCAGGAUCGAGAAGUUUCUGAAAACUUCCAUUGAGUUCCAUGAACUAGACCUUCUUGACCGAGAAGGAUUGGAAGAUGUCUUCAAAAAGCAUUCCUUCAUUGCGGUGAUGCACUUUGCGGGCCUGAAAGCCGUUGGAGAGUCUGUGCAGAAGCCUCUGCUUUACUACCAGGUCAACCUCACAGCGUCCAUGAACCUGCUCCAGGUCAUGCAGGCUAACGGAGUGCACAACCUGGUGUUCAGCAGCUCGGCCACGGUGUACGGAGACCCCCAGCGGCUGCCCAUCGACGAGCAGCACCCGGUGGGCGGCUGCACCAACCCCUACGGCAAGACCAAGUUCUUCAUCGAGGAGAUGAUCAGCGACCAGUGCAAGGCCAAUAAGGACUGGAAUGCAGUUCUGCUGCGGUACUUCAACCCGAUCGGAGCUCACAUCAGCGGCCUCAUCGGAGAGGAUCCUCAAGGCAUCCCCAACAACUUGCUCCCAUACGUUGCACAGGUCGCCAUUGGGAGAAGAGAGCACCUCAGUGUGUAUGGUGAUGACUACGACACACCUGAUGGGACAGGUGUGAGAGAUUAUAUCCAUGUGGUUGAUCUGGCCAAGGGACACAUAGCUGCCUUGAAGAAGCUGCAGGACAACUGUGGGUGCAAGGCGUACAAUCUCGGGACCGGCACUGGGUAUUCAGUGCUCCAGAUGGUUAAGGCAAUGGAGAAGGCCUCUGGCAAGAAGAUCCCGUGCCAAGUCGCCCCUCGGAGGGACGGGGACGUGGCGUCCUGCUAUGCCGACCCCCGCACAGCUGCAGAAGAGCUGGGCUGGAAGGCUGAGUUUGACCUUGAGAGAAUGUGUGAGGAUUUGUGGCGCUGGCAGUCCUCUAACCCAACUGGCUUCUCCAGUUGAUGAUCUGUUGCAGUGGCCAUGCUUUCACUCCAAGAUGUAGCAUAACUUUGCUUUUCUGCAUCUGCCUUUUUUUAAAUGUGUUAAAUUCAUAUUCAUAUAUUUAUGCAUAAUUUAAUUGAGAUUCCAAGGUAUUUGCAAUCAUGCACUCAUCUAGAGACUAACAACCGGUACUUUGUUUUGACAUUUACAUGUAAGGAAUGAAUGUUUUCUCAUAUAAUAUAGGGGGAUGAUAAUGGAA